AUGGAUCAAUCGUGCAUGACAUUAAGCUCUACGCAGUUAUUACCUAAUGAGAUGGAGUCUAAUAAGCCAUAUCGCCAGACAACUUCUGCUCUGGGGACAACACUUCUGUAUUGUCUGGACUGGGAAGAGCAGGAACAUCUCACUUUACAUGUCAUGACGGGCGACACAACUGGAUGGAGUGGGGAUGUUGGUGCACAGCAACUGUUUAAUACAAUCAGCCAUGCUAUACUUUCCGCUCAUCAAGAGACCCAUUUCACUUAUGAGAAUGUCGAUGAGUCUGUUGGCCCAUUAGUACUCACUUCUCUCGAUCAAACCCCAGCAAUCGAAGCCGCUUGCCCACGUUUGAGCUACAACUCCGCUACCAAGACUUUCGAUGUUUAUGUUAUGCCCACAUUCACCCAUAACUGCCACCAAGCGUGGCUUAACGAGGAAGUGCCACAAAUGAGUGAUUCCCGUUUUAAAACUCCGGCGGAACGAUCACUGCUGAAUCGUUCGACUGGAACUAGUCAAUACGCUGCGUCGCAGAAGCAGCCAGAUAUGUCUAUUGUUCCUGUUGGCCAGGACCUCCCGUCUGUCGCCAUCGAAUCAGGGUGGUCAGAAAAAUUUGCCAAACUCCACCGAGACAAGCGCCUUUGGCUGGUUGGAGGCGCUGGACAAGUCCAACUAGUACUACUUGUCAAAUGGACGAAGAUGCCGGGCAAUCGCGUCAAGGGAGUCAUAGAAUCCUGGGAUUUGGAUCCCGCUGGGAAUGAACGGCUCCUCCAAGAAGAAAUAAUCUACCCAAGAUCCCAGGCAGGAAGUGUAAACCAGGUCAUACGUAUCGCACGUGGACAGCUAUUUGGAACUAGGCUUCCCGCAGGACAGGACCCUAACGAUAACUAUGGACUUUUUGUGUCAAAUCUACGCAAUAUAUCCAGUUUUUCGUUGCAAUUUGAUGGGUUCAGUCCAGCUUAA